AUGGAUGCUGUGAAGGACGCAGUCGGAGGCGACAGUCAAUGGCCGGUUAUGUUCAAUCAGGAUGAAGGCACCUUCGUGACCGUCAUUGCUGCUGGGGAUACUGGCAACCGCCAUGUGGUCAUGUACCCCUGUCGUGGCCAUGAGCAAAUGAAUAUAGCCUUUGCAGUCCCAGACUGGAGUCUCAAAAGACCUUCAGAGUUGGAAUAUUCCUGGAAUGCUCAAGGGAGUGUUCCAGAGAUGGUGGAAGGGAUUCAGGGGUUCCCACCGUGGCUACAACGGGUCUUCAGCCGCACACCUCGUGUUGCUCUUUUUCAGGUCCAUGGUCAGGAGCCUUUGCCAACAUAUGUCAAGAGUCGGACAAUUUUAAUUGGCGAUGCAGCCCAUGCUAUGGUUCCGUAUCAAGGACAGGGUGCGAACCAGGCUCUUGAGGAUGUUGAGGGUAUCAAUGCCCUCUUUGCCGAUAUAUUAGAUCGUGAUAAUAUCCCAAGUCUUUUGCAGAACUGGGAUAGCAUUUCGUCAACCCCGUGCAUCAGAGAUUCAAAGGGGUUCUCGCACUUCUCAGGGUAA